AUGUCGGUUAACACACAGGUCAGGAGGAAGCGCACGAGGACUAAUCCGUCUAUGGUUGAUGGUUUGAAUGGUACUGGCAAUAGCGAAGGAUGCGCAUCUGGGGCUACAGGGGCCAGCAUGAACGGGAACGUCCUCACGGGGACGGACUCGUUCUUAGAGAGAAUGCUGGAUAGACAGAGUUCCUUUUUGCAGAAUACUUUACGUGACGGGCUGAACUUCGUCGAUGAUACGAACGUUAGACAGAACUGUCGGGGCGUUAUGGACAGCAGCAACAUGGACAGUGGCCUUGGAGAGCACGCCCUUAUCGAUAGCGAUAACGCGAUGAUCGAAGUCGACAACGCUUACGUGGAAAAUGCAGCCAGCUAUCGGCGCAUCGAUGAGGAUGUCCCGGGCGGUCACCAUGAGCACAUUGUGGAGGACGACGAAGACGAAAACGAGCAGGUCGACGACGAUGGCGAUGACGACGGCGUUGAGGAUGAUGGCGAUGAUGAUGUGAUUUUCAUCAAGGAGCAGCCAGUUUAUUUCAAUUCACCUCUUGUCACUGAGCCUGGCAAUAGCAAUUACACUUCCACGACAAGUAAAAAAUUCAAAAAGCAAAGAACCAUAUCGCUUCCCCAGCUGCCACAUGCAAAACUACUUUAUCAGAACAGACAGGACAUCCCAAGGGGUCAGAAUAAUGAUGAGCUGCUGCAUCUCACGGGUUCCACUGCAAAGACCUUAGACGGUAAUAGGAGUGUGAAUUUGCGAGUCAUAAAAAGCACAUCUCCACUUUUGUCGGACCCAUUCUAUAAUUCUUCCACAUCACCUUCCAAUUCGCCUAACGAGUCUACUAUUUCCGAUUCUCAAUUCUUGCAUAAGAGGAAUAAAGACACUGACAAUGCGAUUCACGAAAAGAAGGGUUUAAAAAGGUUAGCUGCACCAAGAAUUGCUGCUAAAUUGGUUGGUAGAAAGGAUAAACUCAAGAAGAAAGACUACUUCAAAACUGAUAAAGAUGGCCACUAUAUUUAUCAGGAGAAUGAUGUGUUCAGUGACGGUAGGUUUAUUGUUAAGCAAUUACUGGGUCAGGGCACUUUUGGAAAAGUUCUGAAGUGUUUAGACACUAGAGCUGAAGUGGUUAAUCAGAAUCACUUCUGGAAUUAUACCAGCACGACACAUGAAAAGGCUUUUGUGGCCAUUAAGAUAAUUAGAGCAAUUGACAGGUAUAGAGAAGCAGCCAAGACAGAACUUCGAGUUUUGCAAGCAGUGAUGGAGAAUGACCCCCAAGGGCAGUAUCAAUGUUUGAUGCUUAAGGAAUGCUUUGAUUAUAGAAAUCACAUAUGUAUUGUUACAGAUCUACUGGGUAAAUCUGUUUACGAUUUUAUGUGCUCCAACGGUGUUGCCCGAUUCCCUGGUUCUCAUGUACAGGCCAUCGCAAAACAACUUAUUCGCUCGGUAUGUUUCUUACAUGAUUUAGGAAUCAUCCAUACGGAUUUAAAGCCGGAGAAUAUUUUACUUUGUGAUGAAACUUACGUAGAAAAAGAAUUGCCAAUCAGUGUAAUCAGGUCAAUGAGUAUAAGGCGUAAAGAUGCAAGUGGCGGACGGAGGAAAUUUUUAACAGAUCCAGAGAUCAAGAUUAUUGAUUUCGGUAGUGCAGUGUUUCACAAUGAAUACCAUCCGCCUGUAAUAUCAACACGCCACUACAGAGCCCCGGAAAUAGUAUUAGGCUUGGGGUGGUCUUUUCCCUGUGAUAUCUGGUCUAUUGCAUGCAUUCUUGUCGAGCUAGUUACCGGGGAAUCUCUGUAUCCUAUCCAUGAAAACUUGGAGCACAUGGCAAUGAUGCAACGUAUAAAUGGUGAGCCGUUCCCGCCAAAAAUUGUUGAGAAAAUGUUUUACAAAAUAACACAUAAAAUUGGUAAUUCGCCGUCUGAUUUGAACGCAACUGUGGUAAAACAUUUUGACAAGGAGUCAUUGGCUUUACAAUGGCCGGAAAAAAAUAAACGAGGUGAUUACGUCACAAAGGAAAAAUCUAUAAAAAGGGUAAUGGGCACAUGUGAUCGGUUGGAUAUUCAUGUUUCAAAGAGAAUAAGGCAAGAUUAUGGUGAAUGGAUAAGUAUAAAUUGGAAUUUCAGUCCUGAUAGGAAUUGGUCAUUAAUAAAGUCAAAAAUUUUGACUGAAAGAAAAAAUAAGGGAACGACAGCGGGAGAUUUAAACAAGGAGACAUUUUUAUUUUGGUAUUGGUUCGUUGAUCUCUGUCGGAAAAUGUUUGAGUUUGAUCCAACAAAAAGGAUCACCGCCAGGGAAGCAUUGGACCACGAAUGGUUUAAUUUGGGCAUUUUGGAUGAAGGAAUUACCUGUUCAGGUAAAUUCUAA